AUGCCCUCCAGGCGGUCUGUUGAGAAGAUCUCUCAAACGCUACAGGAAUAUCGAGGUAUCCUACAAAAGCUCUUUCCAAAUGUGCACCCAGACCAGCUGAAAGAGCUCCCUCGUGAAAGACUCGUAGAGCUCAUCCAGAAGAGCAGUCCAUUCCAUCCCCCUUCACCUCGAACACCCAGCGUGGAGGAGAAGCCGCCUCCUGUGAAUCCUGAUGCUGCCAACCUCGAAAAGCUGCAACCAACGCCAGAGGACAGCAAUGAUGGAUUUUCUGACCGCAAAACUCAGGCCCUGAAAGGCAUCACGGACGACGUCAACAUGCUGUCCCUGUCAGUCAACCAAAACUCAUCAUAUCUUGGAAUAUCUUCCGUGAUGGCGGUGCUGAGAGUCAUCACUUGGCUCGAUCCAGACUGCCUGACCAAAACUCCCGAGAGGAGUGCGGUUCCCACCCGGGAAGCAUCACCGACACCAGAGAAUCCGAGAAUGGAUCCUGGUCAGACAAGAAACGACGCCACGUCGACAUCUGCCUGGGACGAAAUCCCCUUGAUCAAUGCAUACUUCAGCUAUGUCCACCCCUUCAUACCCUUGAUCGAGGAGCAAGUCUUUCGGGACACAUACAUGACGGCACAAAGAACUGAUUCUCGAUGGCUCCUACUCUUAAACAGUGUCCUGGCCAUGGGCAGUGUGGCAGCAGGGACGUCGGAGGACGCAGGUCACCACGUCUACUUUAACCGGGCGAAGCAAUAUCUCAACUUGGACACCUUGGAUUCUGCCCAUCUCGAGACUGUUCAAGCCCUUGCCAUUUUGAGCGGCUUCUAUCUUCAUUACGUCCAGAUACCCAACCAGGCAAAUGCUUUGAUGGGCGCCACCUUGAGAGUUGCUACCACACUGGGACUUCAUCGAGACUACACGGAGGGGGUUGGGCCCGCAAAGGUCCACAAGGCAUCCUUCUCGAUCGAGAUGCGUCGCAGGAUAUGGUGGUGUACGUUCAUUUUAGACGCCUGGGCCGGCAACACUCUGGGAAGACCGAGCAUGGGCCGAAUGAGCCACGCCAUAACAGCGAAGCCGCCCCAAGAGCCCAUAGGUCAGUCUAUGGCCAUGCUAGCUCUGGUGCAGGAGAACGUUCGCUUCUGCAUCAUUAGCACAAGAAUGGAAGAUGCCCUGGCUGUUUCUCCUCUCUUGGAAGAGUAUGAACGCUGUCCUCUGGACGCCCUUUAUCUUGAGUGGUACAAGCAUUCAUCCGUGCAGGCGGACUCUUCACGUGCGACCCCCAACGAGCCUGCCGGCGUUACUGUCGUCAAGAAUGUGAUGAGAUGGCGCUACUUGUCGAAUCGAAUUAUUCUCCACCGCCCUGCUCUGCUCUGGUAUGCCAUGCGCAAGAUCGCAUGGGAGAGCCUCUCUCCAGAAAGACAAGCAGCGAUUGAGCUUUGUCGUGCUGUAUGUGCAGAUCUCAUCGAUGACAUUGCUUCCACCUGGCGAGGUCAAAAGGAGUGUCAGAUGUCUGGUUGGAACGCCACGUGGCUUCUUUAUCAAGCUGUGAUGGUUCCACUUCUCUCGCUCUAUUCGGAUCCUCACGAUGUCGAUGUAGUGGAUAGCAGCCGCCAUCAAGUUGAAGUCGCUGUGCAAGUCCUGAAGGAACUGCAGGCCUGGUCCUCUACCGCUCGCCGGUCGUUGGAGGUCGUCAUCCGGCUAUAUGACGCCAGCAAACGGCAUUCUGCCGCCCUCCAAGAGUACCAAGAGACAUAUCUGCCAAACAACAUCGAGACACCAACGUCCUCGACCACGCCAGCUGCACAACACGCACAGUUAACGACAAUGUCGGCGUCGGCGGCGUCGUCGUCUUUCCGCCCCACCUACAUUGAUGUCUCAUUUGCCAACACCUACGGUAAUCCGGACGAGCUCAACACGGCCACUCAAGAACUGUUCAUGGACAACAUGUUUGACACGCUGAAUUGGAGUACAAGCUGGGACAGUCCCAUUGGCGGGACCCCGAUGAUGAACGGCUGGGAUUACAGCUCCAUGCACCACUGGGCGGGAAUCCCCCAGGCGGAUGAAUAUUUUGGCGGAUUCGGUCUGCCUGACGACCCGAGCAGCCAAAUUCCUGGAGGGGUCGCAGGAACAGGGGUCGGCAGUGGGACGGACCCAGCAGGGGUCUCGUUCGAUGUGGACAUGCAUGCAGCCGCUAAUCUGGGGGACAUGAUGAACAGACACUAUGCACCUACAAGUAGUACGGGCAUGGAUCAUCAGCACUCGCGAUGA